AUGACGGUCUCUAGUAUACUACCCGACUCCUCGGUGGAGUCGGUGAAGCAGGCCGUACGCUCUACUGCGGCAUGCUCGAAUGCCACAGUGUUGACCCUCCAAACCCUUUUUGGAGCUCCCUCGAAGACUUCCCCAGACCUUGAAAACAAUGCUACGAAAAGACGAGCGAGGACCACUAAGGGUUCUGGGACGAGUACGACCCGGACAAAAACGUCGACUGUGUCGAGGACGGCCUCAGGGCGAGACGCUGUACUGAACACAUUAGCAGAAAAGGAUGCUGCACACUUAUCACACCAGGAGAAAUUGGUUCUUGCCACGGACGUGUUCAACGCGUCCUUGAAAACGCUUUCGGAUGCAGUGAAACUGCAUCCGUCAUCGCAAUCGACCUCGCCCAGCCUUGCCAGGAAAUCACCACGAAAAACUACAGACAGCGGGUUAAUAGCGGUAUCUGAAUGUGCGUCGAUGGCGCUGGCCUCGUUGCGGAUUUUGAAGCUCGAUCAGAGCAAUCAGGACAAUGGGAUCCCGAAUAUUCAACUAGAACAAGGUGCAUGCGUCCUAGCAGGACGAUAUCUGUCGUUAGGGCUGAAUGACAUGGCUUACAAGGAGUUGAGGGGGCUAAAGAGAAGGAUCCAGCAAUAUCUGAAUAGCCAGGCCACAAUACGCAAAAAACCGACGGACAGGAAAAGGAACGAGGAAGGCCACGAGGACGGAACAAAUGAACACAUGUCGGAUCUCAUCGUAUUCUCCAACAUCACCGAGGUCAAGCCGCUGCUUUCCUUGCUAGUCCCAUUUCAAUCAAAUUCUCUACGGCUCAUCGCUUCAGAAAAGAAGGUCUCAACGAUACAAAAAGUAGCGUCGUCGCUACAACUGUCGAACUCGAGCAGCCCCGCCAACGUUAUACUUGCUGCAUUGGACCAUGGGGCCGUUGCAAAAGACAAGGCAGCAGUUCAACUUCAACUGCUAUCGAAUACGGUGUUAUCUUUAUCUUCGGGAUCUCAAAAAUCCACCAACGACAGCACGGCUAAAGACCACCUGAAACCCAUAACAUGUUUGAAUCUUCAGCUUCUGGCGCUCGAAAUCCGCUGUAUUAGUUGGCACAUCUCAGGACACAUUUGCGAUGACGGAAGAGAAGUGUGGGAUCCACUAGCACGCUACCUUGCUAACUUUUCCCAUAAUAUCAAAGGAAUCGAGAAGACUGAGUUUGCUUUAGCCUACAAAGCAAUUGUUCGACUUCAAUCGGCAGUCUCCAAAACCCCCAAGCGUACAGACUUGAAAGACAGCCUCUCAGUAGCAAAGAUCGCGACAGUUUUGGGGCAGCUUGCUCAGGAAGCAGGUUGCUUGCAUGAAGCUUUGCAACUUUUUACCGAGUCCCUGACUCCUUUUUCCAGCAUGCAGUCCCUUACGUUAGCCACUGUGCGCUGCAAAAUCGCAUUACUACACUUUGAAGGUGUCCGGAAAUUUAAAAAGUUUACCCUCACUGGUGUUUCGAAUGCGGUGGCCGAAGCUACCACCGCCCUAGGUAUGCCACUGAAAGGCAGCCCUAAUGAUCUCGAUGAGCUGCUUGUUGAAGCGGCCAAAUUGAAGAAGCGUGCGAUGGCUUGGUUUGGGGAUAUGGUUGCGAAGCAACAAGGCAAGAAUCUGGAAGAAAACGGCAUGGUACCUCAAAUUCAUCAAUAUCUGUCUGGUUUUCUGAGGUUUCUACGACGCUAUAUAGGACGCCCACCGUCAGAAGACCACGAAACAAAGGAACACGAAACUUUCUCCAAGCGAGUAGCUACAUGCCAGAGUAUUGCUCUUGCGGCUGUUGAUUCAGCUGCUGCUGUGGGCAAAUUGUCGGUUAUGUCGCAGAGGCCUUCUUGGGAGGAUAUACUUUCCGGCUUGGCAGACUGCCAACGCCUUUUGACAACAAUUAGCUCCACAGAAAGCACGGAAGAAUCAGUGGCCGAGCAGACUGGCAUGGGAUUUGUAAAAUUGUCCAACCUUUUUUGGUCUCGGUAUCUCAAAGAAAAGGAAGCCGGUAAAGGUUAUCGCGAGCUUCUGCCUCUGCUGAAGCAGUCCGCCAACUUAUUGUCCCCUUGUUUACCUGCCCAACGCAGCACAGGAUUUGCAGCUCUCAAAUAUGAAAGACUUGCGCAUGUGUAUAUGGAAGGUAAUAUGGUCUCCGAGUCGGAACAGGCAUUCUUCCAAUCUAUCAAAGAGCAUAUAGAGGCAGGUGUGUUGGAGCAAGUCGUCUCCGAUACCCCCAGUGGCUUUCCUCAUCGCACCAGCCAAGAACCGAAAAGCAAUGGCUUUAUGUUAGGCCGGGUGCUUGCUGCAUACUUGAAAGUGAAGCUGCGGGCCAAAAGAUCGAAGAUCUCUGUGUUUGAUGACGAGACUUUAUCUCCGUUGCUACGGGGGCACAUACUGGAGUGGCAAAUGGGAAUAUUGAUGGAACUGCAUCUCUACGCUCAGAACGACGAUAUUUUCCAUAAAACCUUGACCGUCUUGCUCACUAAACUCCUUGACAUAUACUCUCCGAAGGCCAAUCCCAUUCGGCGUCUGCGUGUGGUUUUCGGUGGGCUCCGCUUCUCGUUAGAGCGCCCGACAUCUUUGGAAUUUUCGCUUUUACAACAAUUGUGUGACGAAGCUGCAAAUGACAUUAAAAAUGAUGACGUCGGCCAGGAUUCUGACCUAUCUCCAUUUGAAACUCAUCUGAAGAACUCGGUUCGGCUUACCUUAGGACUUCACCAAGGAGAUCUUCAACCUAAUCAACUGGACAGCGUCGUAUCUUCUUGGACCUCAAUCAUGCGACGCUGUCACGAUUUGAAAUCGCUUGUGUCGCAUGUCGGCGAUGUGGACUACUGUAUCCUGCAAAUGAAGGCCGUCGUGGACUACACAGAGAUUCACGGUCUCUGGAAACUUCAACUUUCUGCCCUCGAACUGAUCCUCCGUGUAACAGAUAUUCAAGAGUCCGGAGACUUCUCCGAGGCUAUUAUUAUCCUUUCACGUCUUGUGCUGCAGUGCUGCCGGCUUGGAUAUUGUAAAAAGGCAAACGACCUUCUUGUUCGCGCAGACAGGUGCCUUGCCCAGAAUGAGGUAUCUUGUCUAGCAACGUUGUCUCAUCGACUGGCACGAGUUGGACAUUCACUUGAGACGGGGGAUAUCGAGAAAGCAGCAGCAACACUAUCUGCAGCGAGGUCUCUUUACGAGAAGAACCGAAAAAAACAAGAUCUAAACAGUUGCUCUGUUUUAACCAAGAUAGCAUGGGAAAGACUAGUGGCGGAUGCCGCCUUUAUGAACUCCCGCCUUUCGUUUGCUCAAGGCUCCAUUAAUGACGCGCUUUUCUUUGCCAAGUUAUCUGUCAGGUUGAACUGCAGGAUAUGGGCCAAGGUGGAAAAAAUUGCUCAAAGAAAACAGGACAAGAGUUUGCCGGCAGGUGAAAACUCCGAGCUGGAAACAGUUGUGGAAGGGAUGGCAAAGCUUGACGUGUCUCAAGCGGCGACUACAUCUAUCAACUAUUCCCAAGGCGCACCUUUCUGGCCUCAUAUUGGCUCUCACCACACUUCUUUGCUUAAUCUCUCAAGCUUAUCUGCACAUCAGGGUCUGUUCCAGGACGCUAUAUAUUAUGGAGAACAAGCUCUGAAGAUCAACAAGACGCUGAAUGCAAACGUCCGCUUGAUAGCAUCCCAGGCACAACUAGGCUCCCACUGGAUCUUUGGGGGCCACAUUUCUGAAGGACGAGAGCUCCUAGAAGAAGCAGAGGCACUUUCAAAGGAUCUCGAGAGCAGUAUCGAGCUUGUUUCUUUGCAUUUGGGACUCGCCGCGCUUCACAGAGCAGAAGGCCACCAUCAGCAUGAGCUACAAGCCUUGCUUGAUGCUGACAAGUUCAUUACCAAUUUCAUUUCUUCGGAAGUUUCUGAUGGCUCCACGUCACCCAGCCUCCCAGACUUGGAAGAGAAUAUGGGAAAACUCCAGGUUCGACCCAGCAGCAGAAGAACUAGACAGACUACGACAACGACAACACGGAGGACCCGUGCCGGGACAACAACUUCUCGAAGUGUGCCAAAAGCAGCAAGCCCGAGCACUGACCCACCUACGACAGACUCGACGUCUUUGCUUCACAUGAGGAGUGAAAUUUUCCGGCAACAAGCAUCUUGUUCUCGUGCGCUCCGUGAGUUCGAGAAAGCUUCGGCCUUACUGGAUGAUGCACGGAAGUUCUCAGUCUCUCGAGACAGUCAAAUCUCUCUCCAUAUCGGGGAAAGUGAGCACCUUCUGGCUGACGCCAUUCGGAAUUUCGCCAGCCAUGCAGUAUACUGCGUGCUUCCAGAGUCGACGAUUUCGUUGCCAUCGUUGCAAUCUCCCAUCAGACCUACGAAAGAGACUAAUUCGUCCAGCAAGACGCCCACUACAUGGAAACCCAGAGCACCUACCCGAGGGACACGAUCUCGAACUCAGAAGGCGACUGAAGACUUUAACGUUUUGCUAUCCAAGGCUGGUGAUUGUCUCAACAGCGUUUUCUCGUCUGCUACAGCUUUGGGUUCUACACUUGAUAGUCACACAGCGUCUCGUCUGAUGAGUCGGGUCUCGAUGUUGUCACAUGUGACCUCCCAUGAGCCUUCAACGUCGUUGUCCCUGUCCCCAGCUAAUGUGAAUGAGAUUGGCCGUAUUGGCGCUUUUACACGGGAGCACGCUGCCAUCACCGUCGACAAACAACUGGCGGACUUGUGCGAUCCACUUCUUUGGCCGACAAGUUCGAAGGAAACCUUCCAACUCACUGAUGAUCCGUGCUCGAACUUUACGAGAGAAUACGUUGACAUACUGCCUGAGAGUUGGAAUGUUCUUUCUUUGACCCUGAGUGCCGAUUGCAGCGAGUUUAUCGUUUCGAGGCUGCACCGGGGCCGUUCGCCAUUCCUUUUGCGCCUACCUCUCAAAAGGGGCAAUUCUGACGAUGACGAGGAGCAGUUCACGUUUGAGGAUGGCCGGGCAGAAAUGCAGGAGCUUAUCAAGCUCGCAAACGAAAGUGCACAUGCCGCCAAAGCUCAGAGUGACCGACAAUCAAAGAAGGACUGGUGGAAAAACCGGGAGGCUCUUGACAUGCGCAUGGAGAACCUGUUGCAGAAUGUCGAGAACGUGUGGUUUGGGGGAUUCCGGGGUAUCUUCUCGCCCGUGCCCCAUGAUACCGCCCCGUUGACACGAUUUGCAACUUCUUUCCAUGGCAUUCUGGAUAAGCACCUUCCGUCCCGCCAGAAGGGUCGCCGGACUGACAGCCCAAGAUUGGCACUGCAUCCGAACGUUCUUGAGCUGUUUAUUGGGAUCAAAAACCUGGAUAACCAAGAAGAUCGAGAAGACACAUUAAUGGACCUUCUCUAUUUUGUGGUAGACAUCCUACAGUUCCAAGGGGAGCGGAAUGCGUACGACGAGAUCGACUUCGAUAUGAUGGUUGUUGAGACCCUCGAUGCGUUGAGGGCCUAUCACGAGACAGUGCGAACCGAGGAUAGACAACAAUCUCCGAGCCAUACUAUCCUGGUUUUGGAUAAAUCCCUGCAUCUAUUCCCCUGGGAAUCUCUCCCGUCCCUACAGGGGCUGCCUGUAUGUCGGGUGCCAUCUUUGGAGUGUCUGCGCGACCGGAUUUUGCGAUUCCGGGACGAAGGCAGCAGCAAUAUUGAUCGGGGGUUUGGGAUUGACCGCGAAAAUGGUAUCUACGUUCUCAACCCGACGGGGGAUCUGCAGACAACGCAAGAGACGUUUGAGAAGGGCCUGGCCGGCUUGGAGAGUUGGACCGGGAUUGUCAAGCGGCAGCCCUCCGAGGAAGAAUUCAAGGACGGUCUGGAGUCGAAGAGUGUGUUCCUCUACUUUGGACACGGUAGCGGUGCCCAGUACAUUCGGGGGCGGACAAUCAGACGCCUGGACCAAUGCGCGGUCACCUUCCUUAUGGGCUGCAGCAGUGGUGCGUUGACUGAAGCAGGCGAGUAUGAGCCCUACGGCACUCCGAUGAACUACCUGCAGGCAGGUUGUCCAGCCCUGGUGGCCACCUUGUGGGAUGUCACCGACAAGGACAUCGAUCGAUUCGCACAGUCGACGUUCGAACGGUGGGGAUUGAUGAGAGAGGAAAAUGGGGGAUCGAAACGCCGAUUCACUAGUCCACAGGCAACCCUCGACGAGGCUGUGUCACAGUCUCGAAAAGCCUGCGUGUUGAAGUAUUUGAACGGAGCUGCGCCGGUGAUUUAUGGUGUUCCUACAGUGUUUUUGGGGUAG